UCUCUUAGUUCAUGGUUUAUAGGUCCUAUGGUUAUACCUAUCUCACAGAUAUAUAAAAAUAUAAAAUAGUUUUAUAAAUCUGUGACCUAUCUAUUUUGUCACAUAUUUACCCAUCGUGUUUUUGAUACAAAUCGCCCACACGAAUUUUCAAUUUUUUUUUUUGAAACCCACGUAUUACCAGUCAGUUAAGAACGAUGGUGCAAAAAUGAAUUGGUGGAAAUCAUUAUUUCGGGACGUUAUCACAAUUCGUCUUUAUGGAUAAGCCUUUACUGACUGCUCCAGUGAUAGCCCGUUUCACUGGAAGUGCUGCAGCUGUUAAGAGUGGAAAAAAUUAUGCUAGUCAUUGGAGAACAGAACGUAUUGUUUCUAUAGCACUUAUGGGAUUGUUUCCUGCCUCAGUAUUAUAUUCAUCACCAAUAGUUGACACUUUAUUGGCAGGAAGCAUCAGUCUCCAUGUUUACUGGGGACUUGAAGCAUUGGUAGUUGACUAUUUACGUGUACCAGUUGUAGGACAGCUGGCUAACAAAGCUGGACAUGCAGCUAUUACUCUUCUUGCAAUUGUCACCUUGGCUGGAUUUAUGAAAGUCAUUUUUGUUGGUGAUGGACUUGGCAAUGCCAUUGUUACACUUUGGAAAUUGUAAUAUUACUUAAUGUGUUUUUAAUGUAGUAGUGUAACAUGUAAAUAUUUUGUUGAAUAAAAUCAUAAUUUUAUCUAUUUA